AUGGGUGGAAGUUCUGUUCUUUCUGUUGAUGAUUGGGAGUUCUCUUCUUCACAUGAUGAUGUUAAGACAUUGGUUUUGCUUGGGCGUACCGGCAAUGGCAAAAGUGCAACGGGUAACAGUAUUCUUGGAAAAAAGUUUUUCAAGUCGAGGGCAAGCUCCUCCGGUGUCACCAUCUCGUGUGAAAUGGAUACAACUGUGAUGAGUGAUGGACAGAUAGUUAAUGUUAUCGACAGUCCUGGAUUGUUUGAUGUUUCUGCCAAAUCUGAGUUUUUUGGGAAAGAAAUAGUCAAGUGCAUUAGUUUAGCUAAAGACGGGAUUCAUGCCAUCAUUCUAGUGUUGUCUGUUAAAACCCGCUUUAGUGUGGAAGAAGAAAAUGCUGUGCGCAGCUUGCAGACAUUGUUUGGAAGCAAAAUUGUUGACUACAUGAUUGUGGUCUUUACCAAUGGAGAUGCUUUGGAAAAUGAUGAGCUGACACUCGACGGUUAUUUAGGCUUCGAAUGUCCAGAGUCUUUAAAGGAACUUAUUUUACUGUGUGAUAAUCGAUGUGUGCUUUUCGAUAACAUUACAAAGGAUAAAAAGAAACAAAUUAAACAAGUUCAUGAACUUCUCUCUUUGGUAAACAUGGUAGUAUCAAAGAAUGGCGGUCGACCUUAUACAGAUGAGUUAUUUACAGAAUUCAAGGAAGGAGAUAUAGAACUGCAUAAACAACAAAGAGAGGCUACCUUGAAAGGGUUUUCAAAAGAAGAUAUAUUAGAGUUUCGAAAGCAAAUUACUGAUAUGGUAGAAUCGAAGUUGAAGGAAACAACUAUAAGGCUGGAGCAACAAUUGGCACAAGAACAAGAGGCAAGACUAAAUGCUGAAAAGAAAUCAAAUGAUGAAAUUGAAAAACUUAGAAAAGAUCUUGAACAGGCACAUGCAGAACUAAGCAAGCGAGGAGCAAAACCUAGUUGUGUCAUUCUAUGA